UUCACAAACCCCCAGGGAGAUGCAUUAAUCCCUUCUAAAAUAUCGCUAGUAAAUGAUUGUCUAGCCUCUGAUCGCCUCCAGAGACUGGGAACUCACUCCAUACUGAGCCAGCCUUAGCCAUACUGAGGAUUGAGAAGUGUCAGGGCUAGUGGUGCAGGAGCCACCAGCUCUGGGAGAACGACUUAUUCCUGGAGUCCUGAACAAACUGUACUUAAGGAGAUGUCAAAGGGAGAUGGAAGGUCUCAGACCUCACCCCCUGCUGCUGUUGACACCAAGAAGGAUUUGACUCUGCCCAGCUUGUUUAAAGUACCAGAAGCCUCCCAUCAGAUUCCCGAUCAGCAUGGCAUGGCGCACCACAGCUCGGAUUUCCAAGCUCGAGAUUUUGCCAGCCUUAGCCUCCCUGGUGGUUGGGAUUACAGACAUCACACCUCACCGGUAGCACAAUCAUAUCCAAAUGAAACCAUGUCUGAUCUUGACCUUCCUGUCAUUGAUCAAUAUGUCCUCUGUCCAGACUGCUUGAGAAUGAAGGCAGAAAGAUGGGGACUUAACGGGAAGCAGGAAACAAGAUAUCAAGGCCUUCCCCAUUUCAUACAACCAACCAAAAAAAUGAUAAUUCUGGAUGCCCCAAAGCAUCUACGAUUUCCCAUCAUGGAUUUUAUGAGUGACAGGAUGAUAAGAUCAAAAUACAAGCCUACAGAAACCAGUGUCAAUCAGGACAUCGAAGCAGAAAAUGUUCAAUACAGACUGCCAAUGCGGGCCAUCUGGGGUGCCAAGAAGCCUUUACAGACAAUAUACACUGAUCUUUUAACAUCCUGCCAGAGUUCACGGCCUUCUAAAAAAGAGUGUUCUCCAGAGGAAAAGAAUAUGUGGGCAGAAUUCAAUAUUAGCAAAAGCCCCAAGCAUAGUAAAUUCCACUGAUUUUCUAUCAACUGCUGCCCUCUUCUCAUGUCUUCCUGCCCUCCUCCCAUGCCCAGUCUUGGCCAAGAAAGGAGGCUCUUUUGCAUUCCUUCCUGAUGAAGAUCUUUUACUCCUACUUAUAUGCCCACCACCUAUAUCCUAAUAAUAUAGUAGCUUAAUUUAUAGGAUUAUAAAUACAAUUGGUUAACAUAGAACAUUGAAAA